AUCAUUACAAUCUGUGUUCUCAUCAAGUGAACAACAAACCAAAUUUUCAAUCAAACCAACACAAAAAGUGUACACACUUUUCCAAACGAUCUAUUUAUUUUCGGUUAAAGUGAAACAAAGAGCCCCAUAAAUCAGCGGAUUAUUUUUUUGGUGAAUAUAAAACGAAAAGAAGAGAAAAAUUCGUGAUAUUAUUACACACUAGGAUUACAAAUUAGUGCAUAAAAAAUUUAUUUAUCUAGUUGUUUCCCGUAAAUUUCAACAAAUUUUCAAUAAUUCAAUAUGUGUGACGAAGAAGUUGCUGCUCUCGUUGUUGACAAUGGAUCCGGUAUGUGCAAAGCUGGUUUUGCCGGAGACGAUGCACCACGUGCCGUAUUCCCAUCGAUUGUCGGUCGUCCCCGUCACCAGGGUGUGAUGGUUGGUAUGGGCCAAAAAGACUCGUAUGUCGGUGAUGAAGCCCAAAGCAAACGUGGUAUCCUCACAUUGAAAUACCCAAUUGAACACGGUAUCGUUACCAACUGGGAUGAUAUGGAAAAGAUCUGGCAUCAUACUUUCUACAAUGAAUUGCGUGUCGCCCCAGAAGAACAUCCAGUUCUCUUGACCGAAGCCCCAUUGAAUCCAAAAGCCAAUCGUGAAAAGAUGACACAAAUCAUGUUCGAAACAUUCAACACCCCGGCUAUGUAUGUCGCCAUCCAAGCUGUGUUGUCAUUGUACGCAUCCGGUCGUACCACUGGUAUUGUCUUGGAUUCAGGAGAUGGUGUCUCGCACACUGUACCAAUCUAUGAAGGUUAUGCAUUGCCACAUGCCAUCCUUCGUUUGGAUUUGGCUGGUCGUGACUUGACUGAUUACUUAAUGAAAAUCUUGACUGAACGUGGAUACUCAUUCACAACCACAGCCGAACGUGAAAUUGUCCGUGACAUCAAGGAGAAAUUGUGCUAUGUUGCAUUGGACUUUGAACAAGAAAUGGCCACCGCAGCCAGCUCAAGCUCAUUGGAAAAGAGCUAUGAAUUGCCCGAUGGACAAGUCAUUACCAUUGGAAAUGAACGUUUCCGUUGCCCAGAAGCACUCUUCCAACCAAGCUUCUUGGGUAUGGAAGCCUGUGGUAUUCAUGAGACCACAUACAAUUCAAUUAUGAAAUGCGAUGUCGAUAUCCGAAAGGACUUGUACGCCAACACCGUAUUGUCCGGUGGUACCACAAUGUAUCCAGGCAUUGCUGAUCGUAUGCAAAAGGAAAUCACUGCAUUAGCACCAUCAACCAUGAAAAUCAAGAUCAUCGCACCACCAGAACGUAAAUACUCUGUAUGGAUCGGUGGUUCAAUCUUGGCAUCGCUCUCAACAUUCCAACAGAUGUGGAUUUCGAAACAAGAAUACGACGAAUCAGGCCCAUCAAUUGUACACAGAAAAUGCUUCUAAGCUAGCCGAGCGACAACAACAACACACGCACCACCUCGCAGUCGAUAAUCGAUCAGUCGUAGGCCGUAGCAACUCUAACAACUGCAUCAUCAAUUCAACACAGUUCGCUACAGCAAAAUCAUCAAGAAUAAUAUUAAAAAUUGAUAAAAAAAAUACAUUCAAAAAAUACAUUUAAAAAAAAAACAACAACAACCAACACAUAUUCUCAAAAAGAAACAGCAACAACAACAAAAAAAAACACAUGCGCAUUCACACAUUACAUAUACUUAAUUACUACUUUUUUUUCGUUAUAUGUAUGAUUAAA